GGCAACCCUGCUCGGGAGCGAUAUCCUAUCCAUCUAAUGGUAUUUGUGCUUUUUCGGCUGUUGGCGCGGAAAAUUUGAGGAACGUAGCUUUGCAGCUAUUGUAUUAAGAGUAGGAAUAUAUUCUGCAUUAAGAAUCAGAAUGCCGAUGGCGUGCGACGAGAAGCUUUCCGAAAUCAAACUAAAGAGACUGCGAGCAUCAUAUACCAACAACAGCGAACGAUUCAUUCUGAAUGACCGCACUUUCGGUCGUCAGUAUGCAUCCUUUUAUUGCGCCCGCUACAAGUUGACAUAUCCAGUUUUGAAAGCACGAGCAGAAGAGAAAUGGGGAAUGGAAGUUACAUCCUUAAGUGAUCUUGCGGAAAAUAAGAUGUCUGUCAUUGUUGGGACAUUGUUCAAAGUUAUGGAACUCCAACCAAGCAUUCUGAAGGAAAUUAGUGAAGAGCAUAGCUUAGCUUCACAGCCCUGUAGAGCUCAUUUCACCGACAGCUCCGACACUCUUGUUCUGGAGGACAGUAAGCAACGCCUUCCGCUCUCUGGGGCUAUUGACGUUCAUUCACAUGUUACCGGUGUUCCUGUGGCUGUACUGGGCAGUGUGCAUGAAGACGGACGCUUUGAGGUCAAGGACGUAAGCUAUGCUGGCCUUCCAAAACAAAUACAGAGGCCAACGUUGAACCAGGACAAGUUUCUAGUCUUAAUAUCAGGAUUGGGUCUGGCGGAAAAGGCUGACAGCCUUCUGCCUUUCCAGCUUUUUGUGGAUUAUAUGUCUGGAUUUUUGGGCUGUGAUCAAGACCAGCAGAAAGCAUCUAAAGUGGUCCGUGUGGUCAUCGCUGGCAAUGUGCUGAAGCUGAAGAGCUCUCCAAAGGAGUCCUCCAAAGCAAAGUUUUCAGCCCGCAAGGAAUCAACUGCUGAUGCUUCGGCUGCUCGGCUCCUUGAUGACCUCCUAACUCAGCUUGCUAGCUUUAUGGAGGUGGACCUGAUGUCAGGCGAUGCAGACCCUUGCAGUGCUCUACUUCCACAACAGCCGCUUCAUCAUUGCCUUGUGCCACAUGCAGCACAGCAGUGCUCUAUAUUACAGUGUGUCACAAACCCUUACAUGUUUGACAUAGAUGGUGUUCGUGUUCUUGGCACCUCUGGUCAAAACUUGUCUGAUAUUAGACGCUACAGUUGCAUCUCUGAACCCAUUGAGGCACUCGCACGAACUUUAGAGUGGCGUCACUUGGUGCCAACUGCUCCUGACACUCUAGCUUCGUAUCCAUUUCCAGACAAGGACCCGUUCAUCAUGGAGCAGUGCCCACACAUUUACUUUGCAGGCAAUCAGCCAAAAUAUUCGACUAAGUUGCUCAAAGGUGAUGAGGGUCAGGAAGUUUUACUUGUGACAGUGCCCAAGUUCUGCGAGUCUCUCAGUUGCGUCUGGAUAAACCUUCAGUCAUUGGAAUGCCAGCCAAUGGUUUUUGAGGCCGACUUAUGAUCAUUACUUGGAAGGUUAUAUUUGCUGUUCCAUAUUAAAUUGUUGACACAGACCAUCACUGAUUGAGCAACACACACACACAGAAAGAAUUUUAUUUUGCAGAGCUGUCGUUACAGUUGUUUUUGUGUAAGGUGAAUGACAUUCAAUAAACGUUAUGAACGACA